AUGGCUUCUCCUUCUGGAACGAAUGUGCAAACUCGCCAACAUCGACCUCGAAAAAAAUCCCAACGAAAUCCUGCCACAUCUCAACGAUACAGCCGGCCGUUGGUACCUGUGGCAAGCCC